CACUAGCAUAAACGAGUGGCUGUGCUUGAAUGCGACGGCAUCGACGGCCCAUGGACAGUCUACAGUCCUGUUUGACCCAUGUUCACUGGAACUCUGCCAGCUCACCAAGAUAUUGAAUGCGUUAUAGUGACGCAGGUGCCGCCGCAUCCUGGUACUGAAAGAACUCAUCAUCGACGCCAUAUGCGAUGAAUAUCAUCUCGUCUACAGUCUGCCAUCAUGGCAGCGAAACCUCCAUUGCCGCCCAGGUCAGCGUCUAGCUUAUCUCCCAUUGACAUAUCAUCACCUGGAUCUUGGGAGGAGCAGCACAGUCCUCAGUUCCUGUCUCCUGUGGUGUCGCCCACGAUCAAAAAUUCCCCUUAUCCUGGUGGACUUCAUGACCCGCGAUCCUCGUCUACUCAAUCUCUACGACCAGCCGAGCCUGCCGGCAAUGACCGGCGGACAUUGCUAAUCGUCUACAUUCAUGGAUUUCUUGGUGAUGAGACUAGUUUCAAGAGCUUUCCGGCUCAUGUUCAUGCUAUCUUGACCAAGUCCUUGAGAGAAACGCAUGUCGCCUACACAAAGAUCUACCCUCGAUACAAAUCUCGAAAGAAUAUUUCGUUCGCAACCAACGAUUUCAGCAAGUGGCUUGCUCCUCGUGAGUCCGAUCAGACUGAUGUUAUACUUGUCGGCCAUAGCCUUGGUGGGAUACUUGCGGCUGAAGUCGUCCUCCUACCCUCCGACGCCCCAAGCAGCAAUGGAGUCUUUAGGCAUCGCAUUUUAGGCCUUCUUGCCUUCGAUGUGCCUUAUCUAGGAAUGCACCCAGGCGUGGUUGGGACAGGGAUUGCUAGUAUAUUUCGGCCUCCUCCUGAACUUGCAGAGGCGUCUCUGGACCCUUCACCAUUCUCGGACACUGCAGACCCCGACCCUACGUAUAAUCCGUCAUACGAGAACGAUGUCCGGCUGGCCACCAGGAAAGGCAAAUUGCAAAGGGCGUGGUAUUUCUGGAACAAGCAUGCCGGAGAGGUCAGCAAAGCUGCAGGCAAAUACGUCUCCUCGCAUCUCGAAUUUGGGGGAUGUCUGGCAGACUACGUGGGACUGCGAAAGAGAUAUAGAUCGAUCCGAGCAUUGGAGGACGUCAAUGAGCUGGCCAAACCCAGAGCCCCGAAUGGCCAACUGAUGAAACGGGUGAGAUUCGUCAACUAUUAUACCUCAGCCACAGGGCCAGUCAAGCAGAGACCACCUCCACCUAAGACUGGGCAGGAUUUGCUGAAACCUCCUGGAGAAGAUUUACAACUCAUCAAUUCUACUACUACCACGAAAUCAACUGGUAGCGACACACCUCAGAGUCAGACGGCUUUACCAAACUCAAGUCCGCGCAUAUCCCUCGAAGAACAUCGGGAUGGAGAAGUCAUCACAAAAGAUGUGGGAGAACUUGAUACUGAUCUUGAACCGCCCAUCAUGUCGGAAGUUAGUCCCGAACGCCUUGUGGAAGUAAUGAGUGGGAGCCACGAAGACCUACACAAGCUGCAGAAUCUUGAAAUUGAAGAUGAAGCCGAAGAUCCCCCAGAAUCACUGCUUGAAGAACGUUCCACGCCAGUUGCCGAAGUGGCAGAGGAAGCAACCAUCAGAGAAGAACCUCGAAAGAAACAGAAAGAUCGAAGAUUCUGUGUUAUUCCUUCGAGGGACUCCAACGGGCAGGGCGAUGCUGCUUGGAUCCAGGUACGUAUGGAGGGGAUAGAUGAGGUCCAAGCGCAUACUUCGAUGUUCAAGAUGGGCGAGACUUAUGUGGCUAUGGUGGAGGAUACAGCCAAGCGAAUCGAACGAUGGGUGCAGGAAGACGCAUCCCGCCGUAUGAUUCUCGCAGAGAUGGAAAACGAGACGUGGGAAUAGACCCAGUAAUGAAUAGACCAUGAAGAAUGAUUUUGAAACGGCU